AUGAAGCACAACGCCCUGGUGGUUGGCCCCCCCAGCCCGCCCAACGUGAGGCAUGGCCUCAUCGAAGGAGGGCCCAUUGGCCAGAAGGCCACUCCGGAGGCACGUGCCACACCGCCGCUGUCGCCUGAGGUGGCCGCCAAGGUGGAGGCGUCCAGCGAGAGCAGCAGCACUGUCACUGAUGGUGAGCACGGCAGCAGUGACCGGCAGGGAGACUUUCCUCCGGCGCAGCUGCAAGGUCCUCCACAACAGACUGAGAGUCAGGAAAUUGUGGAGUGGGUGGCCGAUGACCACCUGGACCAGCCCGUUCGGCUGGCGGAGUGGGACGUAGCCACCGAUGAACAGGAUACGAGCUUGAGGGUCACCUGGGAUGCCAUUGAGGUGGUGUCCGGAACUGCAGUCCACGUCGCAGUUCCCUGGGUUCGGGUGACGUUCAGCGUCAUCGAACACGGGCCAGGGGGCGACGCGGACAUCCCAUUUGGUUGGGAAGCGUGGGAUGAUGCUGAGGACGAGCCGGUGCUCGGCUGGGCGACAUCUCCACUCC